UCCGACAGCUCUGCCAGAGAACGAGUGUUGCAGAUGCAUAAUAACUGCCAAGGUCUUCAUAAACAUUAACUCGUGCGGAGUCUUUACUCGAAGGUCAUGCAGUCGUCGAUCGGGACAGCCAAGCUAGCCUCCUGCCGAUCGUUUAGUUGCUAGGUGUAGAUAAACGUCGAAAGUUAUUUGAACAAGGCUCAAUCCGCGUCUCGUGGUAGAUCGCGCGAGCGUCUCGUCGAUGCUCAACUUGUCAUCAUCAUUCUCUUGUAAACCAUAACCACAAUGGCAGCCGACACAGCGACCGCCGUCUCUGCGCAGAUUGGAGCCACCGAAGCCCCUGCAGCUCCUGCGGCACCCAAUGUCCGCGAAAAGUACAACGCAGAGCGGGAGAAGCGCAUACGAGAAGAUGGCGAGAAGCAAUUCAUCUUCCUCGCUGAGGCUCAGUCCGAUAGGAUUCGAAAAUUGCUCGAGGAUCCCUGGGUUGAGCCUGGAACUCCCAUGAACAUUCCUGUGUCCGAUGGAGGGCAUACCAAAUUCCUCAUCGUCGGCACAGGAUACGGUGGAAUCAUGUAUGCGGUGAAGCUCAUCCAAGCGGGCUUCAAUGUUGAUGACAUCGUCUUUGUCGACCCGGCGGGGGGUUUUGGGGGGACCUGGUACUGGAAUCGCUAUCCAGGAUUGAUGUGCGAUGUUGAAAGUUACAUCUACAUGCCCUUUCUAGAGGAGAUGGGCUACAUGCCCAAACGCAAGUAUGCCGGCGGAGAAGAACUUCGCACAUACAUCGAAUCGAUUUGUCGCAAGUACGAUCUUUACAAGAGAGCCAUGUUUCAAUCGGCCGUCAAGCGCAUGGUUUGGAAUGAAGAGACCAACGAGUGGAGUCUCGACAUCGCCCUAAAGCCGAAAGGCGGAGAGGUGUCAUCACUCAAGCUCCGUUCUGACUAUGUUUUCAUCGCCACCGGAGUCUUGCACAAUUCUAAAUUGCCGGACCUUCCAGGUGUGGACACGUUCAAGGGUGAUGUCUUCCACACUUCACGCUGGAGAUAUGACAUCACAGGGGGCACUUCAGCCGAUCCUCAGCUCACUGCUUUGAAGGGAAAGAAGGUCGGCAUUGUAGGGACUGGAGCAACUGCGGUUCAGGUCGUUCCGGAGUUGGCCAAAUGGGCGGAUCAGCUCAUGAUCUUCCAGCGCACCCCGUCAGCCGUUGAUGUACGAGACAACCGCGACACAGAUCCCAUUGAAUGGAAAACGAAGAUCGCUACAAAGCCCGGCUGGCAACGUGAAAGAAACGACAACUUUAAUGCCUUUAUGAAUAAUCACGCUCAAAAGCCGGAGGUUAACAUGGUAGACGAUGGAUGGACCCGUGCGCCUGCAUACAGUGCCCUCAUUGGAGGGCCAUACGAAGAUUUCACAGCCGAUAAGAUGCAAUCACAUGUCGACAUGCUUUACGAUAUCGACAAUCCUCGUCAGGACCGCGUUCGCAAGCGUGCAGAAGAAAUUGUGCAAGACAAGCAAACAGCCGAGAGCCUCCAAGCUUGGUACCCAACCUGGUGCAAGCGACCUUGCUUCCACGAUGACUAUCUCAAAACAUUCAAUUUGCCAAACGUCAAGUUGAUCGACACCAAGGGCAAGGGUCUGGACGGUGUCAAGCCGGAGGGCAUUGUCUUCGACGGCAAACUCUACGACCUCGACGUGCUCGUAUGGAGCACGGGUUUCCAGGCAACAGGUUCCCCCGCUGCGUCUGCUUACAUCGAUGUCACGGGCCGACACGGCAAGUCGUUCGAGCACGAAUUCAAAAACAACUAUUCAACCCUCCACGGCGUCUGUACCCGCGACUUUCCCAAUCUAUUCUGGCCAGGUGCUCGGCAAUCGGGAGUCACCGCGAAUUUCUCCUUCAUGCUCGACAUCAGCACCGGCCUCGUGGCCUACAUGAUCGCCGAAGCCGCGCGGCGCGUCGGACCGGGUCACAAAGCCAUCAUCGAGCCCACCGCGGAGGCCCAAGAAGCCUGGACCCAGCGAUGUAUGGCACGAGGCGCCAUGUUCGCCGCCAUCGGGGGCUGCACGCCCUCGUAUCUCAACGGAGAGGCUGCCGGCACGCGCAUGACGUCCGAGGAGAUGAUGAAGGCGGCGCGGGGAUCGGUCUGGGGACACGGCAUCACUAGCUAUAUCGAGUACUUGGAUGCGUGGAAGGCGAGCGGGAAGAUGGAGGGGAUUGAGGUCACUUCGGCGUAGAGGGAUGAGGGAGAGACGUUGAAGGAUUCAUUAUUGAUGUGAAAUGCGUACCAUGACGAGGGAAAUAUCCUGGCCUGCGAAACGUGCGAUGCGAACCCUAGCGCAGACAGCUGAACUGCGCGCCUUUUGGAUGACGUGCACACCUUUCCGAUGACCGACCUACCCAUCUACUGAAAGUCCGAAUUGCCAAUGAUGGAUAAUCAUAUCAUUCAUU